AUUGAGAGUUUCAUUUUGAAGGUCGCUUCAGACAAUAUGACUAUGGAUCUUCAAUGAACAAAGUCAAGUAUGGCCAAUCAAUUCCCCCAGAAUAUAAUUUGACGAAUGUUGUGACACCUGUGGCUCUUCAUUAUGCACGUAAAGACAAGGCAACAGGGUACAAGGAUGUUGAACAUUUGGCUAAGAUCUUACCCAACUGUAUCAGAUUAAGUUUGGUGCCAUUGGAAGAUUUUGAUCACGUUAAUUUUAUAUGGAGUAAUCAUAUUAAGACUUUGGUGUAUGACGAAGUGUUCGAAGACUUGAAGAAGUAUUAGUUUGUUAGGGUAACACCUGAAUGAACAUUGUUAAAUAAUGUAAGCACUGCUAUUUAUUCGAAUUAAAUAUGUUUUC